GUUCAUCGUCCUGUGCCUCCCCGACGGUUCCUCUCGUAUGUUCCGCCCUGUGCCUCCAGCCUGCAGGUGCCUCCUUGGCCGAUGGCAACCGGAUGUCGGAUCCGGGCGCUCCGCCGCCACCCACAGCCCCUAAAGUUCAAGAUCGCAUCGUCUGAUGCACUCUGCUCGAGUCUUGUGGCUGGCUUGGGCGCAACAGCAACACUGACAUGUCGAUACGCACAGGAUAGUAGUAUAUGUUGAUUCUUGAAUGCCUUCGCGAUGGAAUCAAUACACCGUACGCCGAGAUCAAUCAGCCGUCCCCGUCCCCGCGUUACGUCGCGGCGAGAGAGGCCGUUCUGCGAGUUCUCGCGGCCGGUGCUCUGCCUUGCUCUGCGCGAGGGCUUGGAAGCCGUCCGGGUCGAUCAGCAGGGCGUAUGCCAGACGCGACGCGAUUGGGCGAGGACGGUAGCCGGGCUUGGGCCGCGCGCGUGGACGAGGCGGAGCGAUCGCCUCGGGAUGAGGGCUGCCGCUUAUGGGCCUUAGCGCGACCGCAUCCUCUUAUUCGCGCCGGGGUUGAUAUCCACAAGCCACACCUUCUGCUUUCUGCCUCCAUCCCGCCCCUCCCUCGUCUCGUCGCCCUCACGCCUCCCGCCCCGCCACGUCUUACCCAAGCCCGCUCUAAUGCAGCUGUCCGCUCCUUUCGUUCUCCUUCUCGCCGCUUUCGGGGUUGCGGAGGCCUCGCUGCACAACCACCAGCCGCGCCUCUCUCGGCAUCACGACCGUGCUGCCCACAAGGCAGUUGACCCCCUCGCCCGCCGCGCUAACAGCGGCCGCUGCAAGCCCCGCCCGACGAGCACACUCGUUUCCACAUCCUCUACUACCCAAGCUGCUGAGACGACGACGCAUGCCGCGCCUGCUGCGCUGAACAACAAGGAGGCUGCUACGACCACCAAGAAGGCUACCUCUACUAAGAAGGCGGCUGCUACCAAGGCUGCCGACUCGGGCAGCAACAACUCUUCGGGUGCUGUCAGCGGCUUGAUCAAGAUCACCGACUCGUCCUGCGGGUGGCCGGGUGCCGUCAGCAACGUCUCUCCCACCGACGGCCCGAACGGCAGCAUCGACUGGCUGAACUGUGGUGUCGACCAGGGCGGCUGGAAGCCCCCGUAUGUGCAGGUCACCGACAUCGUGACCACGGACCUGGGUCAGGCUCUCAACGACCCGAACAGUCCCUUCAAGGCGUGCUCGGCGUACGUGGGCUUCUUCUACGAGGCGUCUGGCGCGUACGGCAUCCCCCCUAUCCUGAUCGCGUCCAUCGCGAUGCAGGAGAGCUCCUGCAACCCCGAGACCAUUGGCGGUGCAGGUGAGCAGGGCCUGAUGCAGAUCACCAAGGACAAGUGCGGUGGUGCUCCCGGCGGUAACUGCAGGGACCCCCACUUCAACAUCAUGGCGGGUGCGGGGUUCUUGGCCGAUACGCUUAAGAACAACAACGGCAACAUCCUUCUUACGGUUGGCAUGUAUAACGGCUGGCAACCCGGCUUGACUGUCGGAUCCGCCACUGCUGCUGGAAACACGGCUUGCUGCCGCUGCCAGAACAACCUCGACUACCUGCAGCAACUGUUCAACUACUGGGUCCUGAACAAGAACCCCUACUCGGCCAGCCCCCGCAGCGGGAAGUAUCACAACCUCGAUAAGUGCGAUUAAUCGGGUCGUUACGCCGUUAUGUCUGUUGGUCCUCUUUGUAGUCGGCAUUAUACCCCUUGACGUUAUUGAUGGUCGGUCGCGCGAAUGACCGCUUACUGGUUACUGAAUACAAUUAGUAAUAAUAUCGCCACGGCUCC